AUGUCACUUCCAUUUCAAGUGCUGGAGGAGGCUAAUCAGCCCUUCCUGGAGAGCUGCCGUCACGGUGACUUGGCCCAAGUUAAGAAGAAUCAGGAGGCCAAGGCUCUAGACCGAGAGGUUCUGACCAUGGGCUUGAGGGAAGCUGCCCAGGGCGAUCACAUCGACACUAUGCGCCAUCUACUAAACGCUGGCGCCAAGCCCCAGUCUCCCAGCGUCGUGGAUGAAGUACACUCAGCUGAGGCAGUCAAGGCCUUGCUAGACCACGGUCUCACUUUUGAGACUCAGCUACAUCCCCUUAAUACAGUGCCACUUGUACACAUUGUGAAGAAGAACGACCAACGGCUCGUUCACUGGUGCCUUGAACAAGGUGCCGACCCCACCUUCGGCUGCCCGAAUGCCCAGUCAUUCAAUGACCUUGAGAAGCCAGAUCGGUCCCCUACGAAGGGCUCAGGGGCAGUCCUUGGUAUGGCGUCCCGUCGAAGUAGCCCAUUGAUUGUUGACCUCCUUCUUGAACACGGUGCCAAUAUCCGCACCAGUAAUGUGUUACAUUAUGCUGCAUGUAGGAAGGAUGGACGAGCCAUACCAAUCAUGGAGCACCUGCUACAGCGUGGGGCCGACGUGAAUGAAUUCGGCUAUCCUGCAUUCCUACAUUUCGGCGGCACUCCCCUUCAUGCGGCCAGCUACCAAGGAAAUCUCCCGGCAGUGAACUGGCUCCUGGAGCAUGGUGCAAACCCCGGCGUGGAAGACGCCCAAGGUAGUAAGCCGCUUGAUCUGGCAGCUUUAGAAGAGGAAGACGAAAUAUGUGAUGUUCUCUAUGAAUGGACGCGUUUAGGCCACACCGGCAAGGCUGACUGCGGUAGUUCGGAUUAG